AUGAGGUUUAGUCAAUACUCUUGGACUUUUGUGUCUUGUCUCCUUGCUCUUAUCCAUCCUGGAAAUGGAGCCGCAAUUAAGGACAUUUCAGCCGAGGUUGGUCAUCAUAUAAUAUACUCUUACCCAGGGAUACAGCCGCCAGCUCAGCUUACUACACUCAUUGAGCAAGGCAAAGUCGGCGGAAUUAUAAUAUUUGGCGAAAAUGUCGCGGAUAAUCUAAGCGCCAUCAUCGACGCAUUUCAGGAUACUUAUAAGCAAAGCGUUCUUUACCCAGGGUCCCCUCUCUUGAUUUUGACAGAUCAAGAAGGUGGUGAGGUUCGACGCCUCUCCGGUGGUCCCAUCUCAAGUGCCAAACAAAUCGGACAAUCCACAGACCCUUCCAAUGCCGCCAAGAAGAGCGGUAGUGAUGCAGCAGCUGCACUCGGUGCCGACCAUUUAAACGGCAACCUCGCCCCCGUUCUUGACAUAUACCGACAAGCAGGAAAUUUCAUCGAUGAAUCCGGUCGCUCAUAUGGAAACACAUCGUCAAUAGUAUCUACAUGUGCCUCGGCCUUUAUAGAAACACAGCAAGGAGCAGGCUUUAUCGCGACUGCGAAACAUUUUCCUGGUCUAGGAGCCGCUGCAGCAGGCCAGAACACCGAUGAAGAGCCCGUGACGAUCAAUCUCAGCGUUGAUGAACUUCGGUAUGUGGACGAAGCACCUUAUUCCAAGGCUAUUUCUGCCGGAAUCGAUAUGGUUAUGACUUCAUGGGCUCUGUAUCCUGCAUUGGAUUCGAAGUACCCGUCCGGAUUGAGCAGGACCUGGGUUCAAGAUGAGUUGAGAGAGAGACUCGGGUUUAAGGGUGUAACGAUCACCGAUGCGAUUGAGGCCGGUGCACUGCAGGCGUUUGGAGAUGAUCCUUCACGAGCAAUUUUAGCUGGCCAGGCAGGAAUGGACAUCAUUCUUGCAUCGGGUCGAAAUGUCACGCAGGGAGAAGCUAUUUACGAUUCGCUUCUGGCUGCUUUGAAUGAUGGGUCAUUGUCUAGUGGGGAAUUUUCGCAGGGGACCGAUCGUAUUCUUUCACUCCGAAGAAAGUUAUCUUAG